UAAAACGCACACAAUCGAAAUUAGAGCGAAGAAGAUGUUCGAGCAGCUACAGCCCAUUCAUUCAAAAUGGCGAACAUGGAACGCAACAGGAGAGACCACCGCGACGACGGAGGGCCGCUGGAGGAGGGAGGCAGAGUGAAAACUAAGCCUGUCUCUUGUAGCACGGUGGGCGGAGGAGCGAGCAAACUCAAACGCACAUCACAGCAUCUUUCAUCAGACGAUGAGGACGAAACCCCGUCAGAGACACCAGCGCCGCGCAAAGCCUCCAAAAUAGGCUUCGGCAUGAGCAGCAAUAAAUCUAAUCCUAUAUCGAUCAAGCUUGGUGCAAGUAAACCUAAAGAGCCUGUACCAGCAGCCCCUCCAAAAAAGCUUGGACUGGCAUCGGUUUUCAAUGAGGAUGAUGAUAGCGAGCCGGAGGAGAUGCCCCCAGAGGCAAAGAUGAGGAUGAAGAACAUCGGCAGGGAGACGCCGACAUCAGCUGGACCGAACUCCUUCAACAAGGGCAAGCAGGGCUUCUCUGAUAAUCAAAAACUUUGGGAGAGGAAGUUGAAGGCGCACACAGACAAAUAGUGAAACAAAACCUUUUUUUCCCCCCCUUCUUCUUACAUUAUGGUUAAAUCCCACCUGGGAUCUCUACAAAGGCUUCAAUUAUUGGAGUCUCCACUUUGAGGCUGCCCUAACAAGCAUGCCUUUUAGUGUUCUCUGUUUAGGACCUUACAUCUGUGUUGCUGAGCAAUGAGAAACGCAGCAUUAUGUGAUGAAGUCAACUGUGUAACAUUUGCUGCACAUUACAUCGAAUGGCCAAUAAGAAAGGUUCACAUCUCCCGCUUCUUCCUGCUUCUUCGUACGCGUACCUGGCGAAAGUGUACUUUACUUUUGAGCAGUUUUGUGUAUACAUGUAAAUAGCAGUUUGAUUCAGUUUUGUUUUGUUGUUGUGCGCUUGUUUUAUCCAUAGUAAAAUUGCAAAGCGGUAGAACAUUUCCGGUGACUUUCCAUGGGAGGUUAGCAUUUGAAUUAUAAUUAUAAUGAAAUCCAAGCGAUGGCUUGUGGGUGCAAAACCUCGUAAAAGAACACUCAUAAGGCCAGGUUCCUCCGUAGGUGGUUGUUUUAGUCAGGAAUCUGCUAAAAUAUAGAUUGACCAACGAUAAAUUCCCUAAGAAACAACCUUUAAUUUUUGUGAAGUAUUGGUUUAUUCCCAUUAAUUCCUAUGGAAAGUUGCCGACGUUGAACAUUUGCAACCCAAGUACUCAGUUGAAUUUGUUGUAUUCAAGAAUGACUGUGACAGUUCUUUCUGUUUUAGUUACCUAAUUUUUUUUUUUUUUUUAAUCGCCAGCUGUGCCAGUUUAUACCCCUUCCUUAAACUCCUGUGUUGUAUUUUGGUGUUUUAUCACAUCAUGAAACUACACACGUCUCUCAUUUUAGUGGUCAGACAAAUAAAUAAAUAAA